AGGAAGAAGGGGGAAAGGGGAAGAAGGGAGAAAGAAUGAAGGGGAAGAGAGAAAGAAGGGAAGAGGAAAAGGGGAAAAGGAGAAAAGGGAAAAGGGAAGAAAGGAAGAAGGGGAAAAGGGAUAAAGGGAAGAAGGAAGAAGAUGAAAAGGGAAGAAAGAAAAAGGGAAAAAGGAAGAAGGGGGAAAGGGAAGAAGGAAAGGGAAGGGGGAAAGGAGAUGCGGUUAAAGAGUAACAGUGCUGUGAAAAGUCAGUUCAACCUCCCGGGCCGGGCAGGCUGUUACCAAACCCCACACCCAACUCUUGCUGUGGCUUGGCGGCGCUGGCAGGAGGAGGUUGGGUCGAGUCGCUCGGGGGAGAGUCCUUCUCCAGCCCUCCCCUCCCCUUCCCCUCCCCUCCCCUCCUCCGCCCAUAUAAGCUCAUCCCGCCAAGCUCCUCGCUCUCAUGCGACUCCAGUCCUCCCCCUCGGAGUUGCCCGUCCCGUGGUGACAAAGCCUUGCCCGGGCAGCCCCGAGCCGUGCCCGGUGCCCUGUGCCCGGUGCGGCUCCGCUGCCCCACGCGCAAGAUGCGCUCCGUGCCGCGCUGCGAUCCUCGCUGGCUCUGCCUCCUGCCGCCGCUGCUGCUGCUCACGGAGGUUUCUCUGGGAGCUGCUGCUGCAGCAGCACUGAAGAGAAGGGACAAGUUGGAUCCCUUGGAGCCAACUGGAGACACUGAGCACUAUUACAAGAAGUGCCCUGCUGGUCAACAUGCUGAGAGGCACUGUGAGGAAGGAAAAUGCUUCACCAAGUGUUUGCCCUGCAAUGAAAGUGAAUUCACUGAGUACCCAAACGACUUCCCCAAGUGCCUGCGCUGCCAGGUGUGCCGGGAAGAUCAGGUGGAGCUGAGUCCCUGCCAAGCCACCAGGAACACUCAGUGUGCCUGCAGGAACGGCACCUUCUGCUCCCCCGACCACCCCUGCGAGAUGUGCCAGAAGUGCCGGCCCCGGUGUCCCAAGGGGGAAGUGGAGCUGGCUGCCUGCACACCGCACAGCGACCGCCGCUGUGGUCCUCCCACCGCUGCCUCCUCCGGCUCCUCCAUCAACCUGCCCCUGAUCCUUGGAGUGGUGCUGCUCUUGGGGCUGCUUGUGCUCCUCUUGGUCUGCUGGAAGUGCUGCUGCCAGCGCUCAGGGGAUGGCAGAGACCUGCGAAGGAAGUCCUGCAGCAUGGUGGACUACCUGUGGCAGCAGCUGAGGAGGGUUGGCAGCAGGGACCUGGAGACGCGAGACAACGACCAGAACGAGCGCCAGGACAAGCUGCUGCCAGGGGCACCAACCUCAGGCACUGCCAAUGUGCCAAGGCCAGAGGUGGCGGUGCCCAGGACCACUGAUGCCCCCAGGCAGACUCUGGUUCCAGCGCAGGGCAGAGACCCUGUUAUGGCUCUGCGCCGCUCCUUUGACAUCUUCGCCGAGGUCGUGCCCCUGUCGCACUGGAAGAGGUACUGCAGAGCUCUGGACCUGCUGGAGAACGACAUCGACCUGGCCGAGAAGAACGACAAAUACUCCCGGGAGUGGUUCUUCCAGAUGCUCACCACCUGGCACAACAAGCAGGGCAUGAGCGCCUCGGUGAACACCCUGCUGGACACCCUGCACCAGCUCAGCCUGGGAGGGGUUGCCAGGGACAUCUCGGCCAGGCUGAUCAAGCAGGGCUUGUUCCAGCACGAAGGCAGCUGAAGAGCAGGAGAGGUGCUGGCACCUCCCCCACCUGGAGCUGAAGCUGUGAAUACCUCCUAAGAACACUUUAAGGUUUACUCUUCUGGUUUUUAAUGGCUCUCCUGUGGCUCUUCUCGGAGCCAUUGUGGAGUUCAGCUGAGCCCGAAGGAGCUCUGAGCCUCUCCUCAAGUACACAGCUCAGCAUCUUCCCUGCUGAAGCCUUAAGGGCUCCACCUUGGUGCUUCCUUCUGAAAUCCAAGCUGCUGGCACCUGGAUUUCCACUGGGUCAAGGCAAAAAAUAGACAGAGCCUAAAGCAGUUCUUGAAAGCUGCUCCUGGGACUGCCUCACUUGGAAGCUCUGCUCCUCGGUGGACGUCUUUAGUGCAGAGCAGGACCUGGGUUUUAACUGGAACAUCCUUUUCUUUUGGAGGGGUUCUUGUUGGGCACCUCUGGGCUGGCCAGCAGGCACCAGGUGGGGUUUUGGGACAAGGUUUUAGGUGGCAGUGAUCCUGCUUGCUGUUGGGAAUCAGUUUGCAGCUGGACUUUGAGAAGAGGCUGGGAGUGAUCUGCUUCCUCUGCUCAGGAAAGGUGCAGGGAGCAGGAUGGGCACUGUGGGCAGCAAACCCUGGGUGGGCCAGGACCCUCCUCCUCCAGGGGCUGGCUCAAGUGGGUUAGUUCCCCUUCCCCUGGCCGAGGGCUGCCUCUGCUCUCCUUGGCUGUCUCCAGCCAGCCUGGAGAGGUGAAAGCACUGAGGUCUGAGUGUGCCUGUGGGCACUGCCACCCACCCUCUGGCUAGGAUGGGCUCCUCCUCAAGCACUUUGCCCCUUGCUCUGCCUCUCCUACAUAGCUCAGGGACAACUUGGCUGGAAAAAGCUACUGCAUCCCUUGGGCUGAGCCCACCAGCACCCACCAGCCUCUUCCCACUGCUGCCCUCCUGCCUGGCACCUCCCUCUCAAACCUCUCACUCUGGGGGCCCUCAUCCCUGCAGAGUGGCUUUCCCCACACCCCCUGUGCCAGCCUGGAGCAGGCUGGAUUUAAGAUGAUCCUUGAGGUCACUUCCAACUUGGAGUUUUAUCUUGAAGGUCACUUCCAACCAAACCCCUCCUGUGCCCUACCCCACAGCCUGCCAGAGGAGCAUCCCCAGCCUCUUUCCACCAAACCACCUCCUGCCUGGCACCUCCCUCUCAAACCUCUCACUCUGGGGGCCCCUAUCCCUGCAGAGUGGCUUUCCCCACACCCCCUAUGCCAGCCUGGAUUUAAGAUGAUCCUUUAGAUCACUUCCAACCAAACCCCUCCUGUGCCCUCCCCCACAACCUGCCAGAGGAGCAUCUCCAGCCUCUUUCCACCAGCCAAGGAGGAUGCCUGCUGCCCACCCCUCCUCCUGCUGCCCCUUCUUUCCCCUUCCCUCCUCCCCCAACAGACAGGAGCAGCCAGGUUGUAUUUAUGUAUUUAUUUAGCAACUGUAAACUUGUACAGGUUUUUAACUUAAGCUAAUAUAAAAAUAGGGAUUUUGGUUCUGUUUGGCUUUGUUUUUUACUCUGCAUGAGGGUGGGUUUAGAAGAGACAGCUCUGGCCCAGCCAGUUUUACUCCCCAGUGUUUUUUAUGGGUUUCUUCUCUUUUUUUUUAGCAUCUCUUUUUAUGAAGGAAGAAUAAACUUGUUUAAAAAAAAAAAGAA